AUGUCUUCCGUGCAACCUAAUCUGAGCGCCACGCAAAACUGGGAUAACCUUCCCGAAGGAUGGGAAGGACUCAUCCGCCAGAUUUGCGAAAAGCUCAAGGGAACCGACGUUGUCUUCACGGAAAUCAAGGAGAAAUAUGGUGAGCUGAGAAUAUCCGUGGAAAAUGGAGAUGAGGAGAUUUGGAAGUAUUUGCUAGAGAUGGAAGAGAAGGCGAUGAAGGUAUGCGAGGAAUGCGGUGGACCGGGUAAUCUGACUGAUUCAGAUGGGUGGUUGUUUACUAUUUGUGAGGAAUGUGCGAAGAGGGAAGCGCAGGAGUAUACGGGGGUGGAAAAUGUGCAGGAAGAGACAAUGGACCUUGAGCUUGACAAGUUUUGCAGGACCGUCCUGAGGAGCAAUUUCAUUCCUACGCGUUCAUGA